AUGAAUUUCGAGUUUUUGCGAACCUUGCACGGAUUCCUUAAUUUCAUCCAAGUGCUAUUAGGAUUUGGAGCUCUUUUCGCCAGCUCAUUCAUCUGGAGAGACACUGAUUUGUAUUUCCAGUUUAUUUACCGGGGUUUUGGAUGGCAGACGCUCAUCUUGGCGAUUCUGUUCUUCACUUGGGUGUUUGCGUUGAUGAUAUUCCUCUCGAACUUGUUUGGAAAAGACGUUGUUGGAACAAUCACUAAAAUUAAGCUUCUUAUCCUUUACGGAAUUUGCUUGGCUCUACUCAUCAUCUCAGCUUCAUUGGAAUCGUGGUACAUUUCAAGGUCGUCAAAAACAGGAAAGCAUUAUGAUAGCGUCUAUCAUCCCCGAUUUAUUACGGCCACGAUAUUCAACUGGAUGCUAGUGGUCUCCUACAUAGUCUCGAUUCUCGUCACCAUCUUCUUUGUCUAA